AUGGGUGAUAAGAGUAGGGAGAAGGGUGAUGAGAGAAGGGAGAAGGGAGAUGAGAGUAGGGAGAAGGGUGAUGAGAGUAGGGAGAAGGGUGAUGAGAAUAGGGAGAAGGGUGAUGAGAGUACGGAGAAGGGUGAUGAGAGUAGAGAGAAGGGUGAUGAAAGUAGGGAGAAGGGUGAUGCGAGCAGGGAGAAGGGUGAUGAGAUUAGGGAGAAGGGUGAUGAGAGUAGGGAGAAGGGUGAUAAGAGUAGGGAGAAGGGUGAUGAGAGUAGGGAGAAGGGAGAUGAGAGUAGGGAGAAGGGUGAUGAGAGUAUGGAGAAGGGUGAUGAGAGUAGAGAGAAGGGUGAUGAGAGUAGGGAGAAGGGAGAUUAG